AUGAAUUCGUCUUCCAAUUUUCUUCAAUUCCCACCGGCGCGGCAGCCCCUGACCACCAUACCCGCCGCAUCUCCAUUCAUGCUCCGCCGGAGCUCUUACGGAUUCGGUGUGUUUCACAGGAAGCGUGCUCGUUUUAAGCGGAGCUUGAUCCUUGUGAAUUCCUCAUUUUUUCCUCCGCCUUUCGAUGGCAGCGUUCCUCCUCUCGAUUCCUUUGCUCCAUCUGUCGCCGGCUUCGCUUCCGGCUUGGCUGUUUUUCUGUCUUCCAGGUUCUUCGGAAGAUCUUUGGGGAUUAGCGAGAGGAGAACGAGCGAUGACCAAGUUGUUGGGGAAUGGGUUCUCUUCACCAGUCCCACGCCCUUCAACAGAUUUGUUCUCCUCCGUUGCUCUUUGCUCUCUUUUGAUCUUGGCGACCUCCUAGAGAGCGUUAGCGAUAGGCUCGUGAAGGAGGAGAGGCACUUCGUUACUCUGGACAGCGGCAAGAUUCUCUCGACCCGAACUGCUACGGAUGAGAAGCCGUUGGAGUAUCAGAGGGUCUGCAUCAGUACGGAGGACGGAGGCGUUGUUUCGCUUGAUUGGCCAGCGAAUUUAGAUCUUAAGGAGGAGCGUGGGCUUGACACCACGGUGAUUAUCAUCCCGGGAACACCAGAAGGGAGCAUGAACGAAGGUGUUCGCUCAUUUGUAAGCGAGGCUCUCAGGCGGGGCGUGUUUCCUCUAGUGAUGAACCCUAGAGGAUGUGCUGGUUCGCCUCUCACUACAGCUCGGUUAUUCACAGCUGCUGACAGUGAUGAUAUAUCCACAGUUAUCCGGUUCUUAACCAAGACAAGGCCAUGGACGACACUUAUGGGCGUUGGCCGGGGAUACGGUGCAAAUAUGUUAACCAAGUACCUGGCAGAAGCCGGGGAAAGAACACCUCUUACUGCUGCUGUAUGCAUAGAUAAUCCCUUUGACCUUGAAGAGAUGACUCGAACAUCUCCUUAUUGUACUAGUUUGGAUCAACAGCUCACAGGGGGAUUAGUAGAGAUACUGCAGGCAAACAAGGAGCUUUUUCAAGGCAGAGCAAAAGCCUUUGAUGUUGGAAAAGCUUUGUCUUCAAAAUCAGUCCGUGACUUUGACAAAGCCUUAUCCAUGGUGACAAAUGGUUUCGAGAGUAUAGAAGAUUUCUAUUCCAGUUGUGCCACCAGAGAUGUGAUUGGGCAAGUAAAAGUUCCUGUCCUCUUUAUACAGUGGUUGACUGCUGUAGAGCUUGGGCUUCUUAAAGGUCGUCAUCCACUUUUGAAAGACGUGGAUGUUAUUGUUAAUCCUGCAAAAGGCUUGGUUCUUUCAGAAGCCAGGGCACCGGAAAAAGAUAUCAGUGCCAAGAAGCUCCUGCAGGUAGCUCGAGGAAAGACAGUGAAUGGUCACUAUGUAGAUCCUUCCAGGGAAACACUUGAAGAAAGGGACAUCACCCCAAAUUCUGGUUUGCCCUCUGGAACAGAGUUAGAGAAGAAUGUCAAAAUCGAGACUGCAUCUGAUGAACCAGAAAACGGUGGAGUUUCAACAGGUGGUCCUGUUGAAGUUGAAGUAGUUGAAGAUAAUAAGUCCAAUGUAGAAGAAAGUGAGAGAAGCCAGAUGUUGCAGACUGCAGAAGUGGUUGUGAACAUGCUUGAUGUAACCAUGCCUGGCACCCUGAAAGCUGAUGAGAAGAAAAAGGUAAUAGCCAACAUGCCAAAAGUUAUGGAUGCUGUUGGUCGAGGAGAAACAAUUGUAAAAGCUUUACAAGAUGCCGUGCCAGAAGAUGUUCGUGGGAAGCUUACAACAGCUGUAACUGGGAUCUUGCAGUCAAGUGGCAGUAAGUUAAAUUUUGAAAAACUUAACCUAUCAAAAGGAUUGAAAAAGGCGGAAGAAGCAACGAAAGAACAAUCAAGUACCAUAGGUCAAAAGGAUUCUAGUUCUACAGAUCCGAUAAAUAAGAGCGAUGGUUUGGUGACUGGCUCGGAAAACACUAUUGGUAGCUCAGACAAUUCUGCUGGUGGAACAGAACUUGAGCAUUCCCCUUCUGAGGCUUCCCAGAAAGAGAAAGAUGGUAAUUCUGGAACGCCCCAACCCGUCGACAGUGAUCAAGAUGAUAGUUCUGUCCUGACUAAGAAGGGUGAUGAUGAGCCAGUUAGUCUUGGGAAUAAGGAGUCAACUACUAAUGAAAAGACUGGUGCAGCUUAUGGUUCUGAGAAGGCUUCUGAAGCAAAGGUUGAUGGUACCAACCAGGGGCAGCCAAUUGGCACAGAGGAUGUAACUAGUGAUAAUGACAAAGUGGACGAAGGUUCUGUAAUAGCCAAGCAUCAAAGACCCGAGGAAACUAAUAAAAACGAUGAGAAAAGAGCACCAAUUGACAAUGAAAAGUCCAGUGCAGCUGAUGCUUUUGAAAAGGCUUCAGAUGCAAAGGUUGAUAGUAACAACCAAGGGCAGCCAAUCGGUGCAGAUGAUAUAACUAUUGAUGAGGACAAAGUGGACCAAGUUGCUGUAUUAGCUCAGCAACAAAGAAAGGAGGAAACUAAUAAAAAUGAUGAGAAUGCAAAACAGUCUGCCACCGAGCAAAACAAGGUGGCAUCUACUGGAAACGAAGGAGAUGAUGGACAAUCUUCUGCUUCACAGCCUGUAGGGAAAGGAGAGACUGAUGAUCAGAAGAAAGAAACCAAUAUUAUGCAACCUGCUUCUGACCAAACUAAGCCAGCAAUUCAGGAACCAAAUCAGGCCAAAUUUAAUGUUUCUCAAGCAUUUGAAGCACUGACGGGGAUGGAUGAUUCAACUCAGGUAGCUGUCAACAGUGUUUUUGGUGUGCUCGAAAAUAUGAUUACGCAGCUGGAUGAAGAAGAUAAAGAUAGAAAUGAGGCAAGUGAUGAACAAAAUGACACAGAUGAGAACAAUGACAGGGAUGAGAAGAUAAGGUCUCCAUCUCAAAAGCAAACUCCCUUCAAGAAAGAAGCGGUAUGUCAAAAGCCCUCUGAAAAAUCACAUGAUGCAUGCAGUGUGCAUGACAAUGGAACAGGUUCUGACGAUGAUAAGACAAUUGGGGUGAUGAAUGAAAAGCAUUUGGGCGGGGAUGAAUCUGUGAUUGGUAAGCAUCUACCAAAUAUUCUGCCUGCAAGAAAUACAGAUUCUGUCGAGAGAACUUCUUAUGAUGGGUACCUUGGGGAGGAACUUUCAGAAGAGCAGAUUGCAAAUCAAUUAGACUUAGAUACAACCACUGCUUUGAUGCUUGACUAUUAUCCAGAGGAAGGUAAAUGGAAGCUCUUUGAUCAACAACCAGAAUAUGUGGGUAACGUUGCUGACAAUGGAGUAGCCAGCAGAGAUACGCACAGAAAUGUUCAGGUUCAUUUACCUAGUGUAAGUAAUGAAGAGAACAUCGUUGAGCCUUCGUAUGUGAUAUUAGAACAUGAACAUGAGCUGGAGCUCCCUGAAAUGCAUGAAGCAGCGAAUGAUCAAAAUGACGGUCUUCACCAAUCAGAUGAAGGAUGUGAGGAAUUAGAGCACCUCAUUAACGUUAUUGUAUCCGACUCUUUGAAUGUAGAAGUUCAGCGCAGGAUGAAUUCAGCUGGCAUGAGACAAUUUGAGUCUCAGCUCAGUCGAGAUAUAAAAAGGGUGGCAAAUACACUUUCGUUUGCUGUUGUAUAUACAGAGCCUACUUGGACAUUUAAAAGGAAAAGCAAAACUUCCAGCAUCCCUGCUGGAAAAGUAGGUAAACUCCGUGGGGACGCUAUUAUUAGAGCAAUUUCAUCUGCUGUUCAGGAGGCGCAUUUUCUAAGACAAGUAUUGCCUGUUGGUGUUGUUGUUGGCUCUAUUUUAGCUGCUCUGAGAAAAUAUUUCGAUGUAUCUACAACAACUGACAGUGCUAAGAGAGAUGCUAAGAGAGAUAUUGUCAUGGGUAGAGCACAAAAGUAUGAGAACAAUGGUGCAACAAAGAGUGUUGUGCCGACCAAAAUGAGCGAAAAAAGCCAACAGAAGAACUCGAGCAUUGGAGAAAUGGUGGAAUCUAGCCUGCAAAAUAUUAGCAAUGAGCCUGUUAUGGUUGGUGCUGUGACAGCUGCUCUGGGUGCAUCAGCUAUGCUGGUUCAGCACGAGGAUCCACAAAAAGGUGGCAUCAUGUCAAAACCAUCAGAGAAAGAAAGUAAACAUAAAGAUCAGAGCAGUAUGGUUGCAAGUUUUGCUGAGAAAGCCAUGUCCAUAGCCGGUCCUGCAGUUCCAACAAAGGAAAGUGGUGAAGUGGAUCAAGAAAGGAUUGUGACAAUGUUGGCAGAUUUGGGUCAGAGGGGUGGCAUAUUGAAGCUAGUUGGGAAACUAGCCCUGCUUUGGGGUGGCCUUCGAGGGGCUAUGAGUCUAACUGAUAAGCUAAUCCAAUUUCUGCAUAUGGAUGAGUGGCCCUUAGUGAAGAGGGUUGUGGGCUUUGUUGGAAUGGUGCUCGUUUUAUGGUCACCGGUUGUGAUUCCAUUGCUUCCAACACUUCUCCAGAGCUGGUCCACAAGUACUCCCUCUAGAAUGGCGGAACUAGCUAGUGUAGUUGGCCUCUAUGUUGCUGUUUUUAUUCUUGUUAUGCUGUGGGGAAAGAGAGUACGGAAGUAUGAAAACCCAUUCAGGCAAUAUGGGCUUGAUUUCAAGGGAUCAACCAAAAAGCAGAUUCAAGAGUUUUUGAAGGCCUUGGCAGGGGGCAUCAUAGUCGUUAUAUUAAUACAGUCCAUAAAUACAAUAUUAGGAGCUGCUAUUUUAUCUCGGCCACCAUAUCUUCCACAUCCUUUUGAUGCCAUGAAGUGGCUUAAGGGAUGCGUGCAACUGCUUCUGCUGAUAGUUAGGGGAUUUACAGCUGCGACAUUUGUUGUGCUUGUGGAAGAGUUGCUCUUCAGGUCAUGGAUGCCUAAUGAGAUUGCGAUAGAUCUGGGUUACCAUAAAAGCAUUAUCAUUACAGGACUCGUAUUUGCCUUGUUCCAGAGAUCCCUGAGAUCAAUUCCAGCGUUAUGGCUUCUGUCGUUGGGGCUCGCAGGGGCCCGUGAAAGAACCCAAGGAAAUUUGAUUGUUCCAAUCGGUUUGCGUACAGGAAUGAUAGCAGCAAGCUUUGUACUACACACAGGUGGAUUCCUCACGUACAACGUGAGUUCCCCGGUUUGGAUCGCGGGGACUCGCCCUUUACAGCCUUUUAGCGGAGGGGUUGGUCUUGCGGUCUCUUUGGCGCUGGCACUCAUUCUUUACCCAAGACAUUCUCCAGGAACCAAGAUGCAGAAAGAAGGCAAACGAUAA